GUCCAUGUGAUUGGUUCGUUCGUUACCAUGGCGACUGUCCUCCCCUCGCGACAGUCUGUUUGACUACCUAAAGCUCUUGGUACUUCACAAGCUGUAGUAGUAUCUAAGUAAACACGCAGAGAGGAAUAUUUGUUUUUCCAAUCAGUGCAGGUUUGGAAUACCUAAAGUGUUAACUUGUUUGUGAAACCGUUCGUGAUGUAAACAAUGAAACAAAACCUCCGACGACAAGUUAAGUUCGAAUUGAUUGUUUCGAAUCACAAGUGCACGUAGACUCUAUGCGGUGUUCGUGUAGUUUUUUUCGGUUGUGUAAUAGUUGAGGUAAAUAGUAAAAAAAAAAUGUUGACGCCGCAAAAGUUGUAUCCUGACGUGAGCAGCAUGUCCACAUCAGCCAACGCGAUGACUCCAAUGACGCCUACCUACUCAAUGAACACAAUGUCUUGUGUUUCCAUGGCAUCCAUGAAUUGUUCUCCACAAGCUCCCAUGUUUGGGGGUGGCAUGCUCACUGCUGAUAUGACCAAUAAUAAUAUGGGAAUGAAUUCGCGGAUUCAUCAAAGUAGACAGCAGUUUCUAAACGAUUCCCCACAGCUGGCAUAUACAGCUUUAGGAUCUCCGAUUUCUCAAACAACCUCAUGCAUGGCAUCUUCGAUGCCUGGAAUUGCGAAUUAUCAAAUUGGACGUGGCGGUGAAUUGAACGGAGGUGAUACUUCACCGAACACAGCGCUUCAGCGGGCCGUGCGGACGGAAAAGCCAUACAGGAGGUCAUAUACACAUGCAAAACCUCCGUACUCGUACAUAUCGUUGAUUACGAUGGCUAUUCAGAACAGUCCACAAAAAAUGCUGACAUUAUCUGAAAUCUACCAGUUUAUUAUGGACUUAUUCCCGUUCUACAGACAAAACCAACAGAGAUGGCAGAACUCCAUUCGACAUUCACUCUCGUUUAAUGACUGUUUUGUGAAAGUGCCGCGAACGCCAGAUAAGCCUGGGAAAGGUUCCUUCUGGAGCCUACACCCCGAUUCAGGAAAUAUGUUCGAAAACGGUUGCUACUUGCGGCGGCAAAAGCGAUUUAAAGAUGAGAAAAAGGAGGUUAUUCGUCAGCAGCAUAAAAGUCCUUCUCAUCAUAGCAUGGACAACAGCAAUAGUUCUGGAAAAAAGACGCCCCUUCACAGUGGCGAGGACAAAUCCCAUCAGUUGGAAAAGCCAUCGGAAAAUAACCUAAGUUCGAUGAUGAACAUACAUCCGAGUAAAUUGGAUGUUGAUCAGAUGAGCAUGAUGAACGCUAACGAAUUGAACAUGCACCAGCAACAUCAUCAUCAAAACAUGUCUCAUGAAGAACUGUCAGUUAUGAUUAAUCGUAGCAAUCACUUAGCGUCGCUAACUGAACACCAAGCGAUGUUACAUCAUAAUUCCAUCAAUCAUCAUCUGAAGCAGGAACCCACUGGAUACACACCAUCAAAUCAUCCUUUUUCGAUCACGAGGCUACUUCCUACCGAAAGUAAGUCAGAUAUUAAAAUGUAUGCUGAUAUGGGUUACGGAUAUAAUACCUUAAGUCCUCUUCCAAAUGCGAUACAUUCACAUGCAUCAUUAGGAAAUGAUUAUUACAAUAGUUCUUCGCUUUACCACUCAUCAACGGGAGCGACGGGUUUGUGACAGUAUCCUUUAGCCUAGAAACAAUUUUAUUUGUCAACUCGAAUAAACUAAACAGUGUUUACUUUUAAACUAUGUUUUUCCCUUCUGCGCAAGGAAAAUUAUCAAUAUUUUUAAACCGAAUAAUGAAUCUUGAACUUUGACGGUUUGCUAAGAGUUAUGAAGUUUCUUGAGAAAAUCUCAGUUUGUAAAUAUUAUUGCUUGUUCGAUUUUGUGCGAAUAAUCGAGUUGUACAGUGUACAAAUAUUUUUACAGAUACAUAUGUAUAAAGGUGUUAUUGUUUAAGGGAAAAAAUCUGUGAGUGAUAUUGUUAAAAUUCUUGUCGAAUACAAGAUACAUCGAUUCGAAAAAUCUCAGAAAGAGUUUCGAUCUGUCAAUUUAUUUUUGAUUCCAAGUUAUGUGCACUAUUUAAAAUUUUGUGAUCUGCGUUUGGUAUCAAGUGACAAUUUGCAAAGCUACUCAUUGAUAUUGCAAUUAUUUGAGUUGUAAUAUUCCAGAGCCUUGUUUUAAAAGCCUCAGCUUAUUAUUCCUUUCAUUCAGAGAAAAAAAAACAGUGACCAUCACAUGCAUACGCAACAUAAUAUCCAUAUUCUCUUGCCUCUUAAAAAUUAAUAAACAUAUCAAUUUUUCAACGAUAUUUGUUUGAAAGCGAAUGCGAAAUAUUAUGCAAGCAAGAUAACUGAUACUGACGUAUUUUGAAUAAGGAUUUAGUACCUACAUUGAAUACAACGCUUUUAAAGCAAUCUGAUAUUUUGUAUUUUUUUCAUUAUAUAUUAUAUAUUUGUUUACUUAACUUUGAUAAUCAAGUGCAAGAAAUACUAUGUAUUCUUAAUAUUUUCAUUAAAUGUAAACUUUGUUAUACAUCUUUUAUGUCUCGGAUUCAAUCGAAGAUAUUUAUCUCAUAGGUCACUUGAAAGGCAGUGCCAGUUUCAACAACAAAGGUUUUUGCAUUUACUUUUAGUUUUGAUGUUUACCAUUUGAAUCCUGUAAAAACUGUGCAGUAUUUGUUAAGAUGUAAAUUUGUAUUCUAAUAUAAUGUGAUGUUCUUAAUAUACUUUUUGCUAAGUAUAUUAUACCGAUAUGGAUAUGUGCAACUGAUGUGAAUCUGUACAUUUUAAAAAUAUGAAAGUAUAUAUAAUUUAUGUAUAAUACAUUUUUUGUCAUAAUAAAUGUUUCACAUCCUA